GAGGUUUAAUAAAAGUUGAAGUUUGGUGUGAGAAUUUCCUUCACGAAAUAAAUGUUCAUUAUUUGAUAAAAAAUAAUUUUAGAAUUCAUAUUUCUUAUAAAACUAACGCUUAAAUGUGCAUUCGUGAUUUCUGAAUUGAAUUAAUAGUUGUGUAGCUGAUUUAUAAGUUAAAAUGGCGAUUUGAAGAGCAAUGGUGGACAUAUGAAAUUUUUCUACAUUUGGAUCCGUCAUGAUGGAAGACAAUUCUCUAAAUAUGCAAAACGGAGGACAAAUGGGUCCCCAGGGUGGCUCGGUUAGUAACAACAAACAAAAUGAAGAGGUCAAUCCCAAGUCCCAUUAUUCCAUACCGGGCAUCUUACAUUUUAUUCAACACGAAUGGGCUAGGUUCGAAUUGGAAAGAUCGCAAUGGGAGGUUGAUAGAGCUGAAUUACAAGCGCGCAUAGCAUUCCUGCAAGGAGAGAGAAAGGGCCAAGAGAAUCUGAAGAAUGAUUUGGUGCGGCGUAUUAAGAUGUUGGAAUAUGCCCUAAAGCAGGAACGGGCUAAAUUCCACAAGCUAAAAUAUGGAACAGAAUUGCAACAAGGCGAUAUGAAACCACCUGUGAUAGAUGAGUCUAGUGAAUCUCAAAUAGACAGUGACCAAUCGUAUGUGUCUGUCUCAAACUCUACUUGGAAACAGGGGAGACAACUAUUGAGACAGUAUUUGCAAGAAAUUGGUUAUACUGAUAGAAUAAUUGAUGUGAGAUCAACCCGAGUUAGGGCUCUCCUUGGCCUAAACAACAACAACGCUGAUCAAGAAGAUAACCAAAAUGGUAGUGGAGUCAAUUCUAAUGAGUCCAAUAAAAGAGCUAGUGAAACUCAAGGGAGAAGAACUCCUGCUAAAAAGGCACAACCAAGCUCUCUAGCUGAAGCAAUGAUGUUGGAUACAGAGGCGGCUGUGAUGGCAAAUUUGGACUUUUUGUCCAAUACUGAUGUUGAUAUGGAUGAUGAUGAUGAUAUGAGUGAUGAUGUCGAUAAUGAACCUACAGAUGAUAUUGAAGAUGAUGUUAAGCUUGGGAAGAAAGAUAAAAUGGAUAAUGAUUUAGGUUUAGGAGAUGACGUGGAUGCAAUAGCCUUAGAAGUGUUCAACGAACUCAAUAGACUCUCAGAAGCCGAGAAGAAGCAAGAUAGUAAAACUGAACAAGGUGAUUGGAAUAAAGGCAAGAGAGCCAUAGGAAUAAAUGAUGAAGAUAAUGUGGAUUCUUCAUUGGGUCUUGGAGAGUUAGCUCAACUCACUGUAAACAAUGAUGCUGAAUCUACUUAUGAUAUCGCUAGCAGUAAGGAGGCAUUUAGAAAGACAUGGAAUGCAAAAUACACAUUGCGUAGUCAUUUUGAUGGUGUAAGAGCACUAGCUUUUCACCCCACUGAACCUGUGUUAAUAACAGCAAGCGAGGACCAUACUCUUAAAUUGUGGAACCUUCAGAAGACUGUUCCGGCUAAGAAGAGUGCAUCUCUCGAUGUAGAACCUUUGUACACUUUUAGAAGUCACACAGGUCCAGUGUUGUGUUUGGCUAUUUCCGGUUCGGGUGAACAUUGUUACUCAGGAGGCUUAGAUGGUAUUAUAAAUUGUUGGAACGUACCAAAUUCAAACAUUGAUCCAUACGACUUGUAUGAACCUGAUAUUUUAAAUGUCACUCUGCAAGGUCACUCUGAUUCCGUGUGGGGAUUGGCCGUUUUGAAUUCCAAGCAGCAAUUAUUGUCAUGUUCAGCAGAUAAGAGCGUCAAGUUGUGGACGCCGCACGCUAAACAACAACUUCUUUCAACUUAUGUAUCCGAACAGGACGGCAUUCCUUCGAGUGUGGACUUUGUCAGAGAUGAACCCAAUCGAAUUGUAGCGUCCUAUUCUAGUUUAAACUGCGUCAUUUUUGAUACAGAAACGGGUAAACCGGUAUCGCGUCUAGAAUCCACUGCCCCUGAUGGCGUCAAUAGCAGUGCGCGACAAAUUAACAAAAUCGUCUGCCAUCCCACUCUCCCUCUGACCAUCACAGCCCACGAAGAUAGGCACAUUCGAUUUUGGGACAAUCAUACUGGGAAAAUGGUGCAUUCAAUGGUCGCGCAUUUGGAUGCUGUUACAAGUUUGGCUGUUGAUCCCAAUGGGUUGUACCUUCUUUCUGGAUCCCAUGAUUGUUCGAUAAGGUUAUGGCAUUUGGACAACAAAACUUGCGUUCAGGAAAUUACAGCUCAUCGCAAGAAGUUUGACGAGAGUAUCUUAGAUGUCGCUUUUCAUCCGUCAAGACCUUAUAUAGCCAGCGCAGGCGCUGAUGGCUUAGCCAAAGUGUUCGUGUAAUUGUUGGAAAAAAAGUUGUGUAAUUUGUGUAAAACUUUUAUCUCGAACUUCUCCGUAUACUAUGAACCAUUACGAAAAAGUGAUUCAUUGAUUUUUUUUUGUCAUUGCUUUUAUAUUUUGUAGGUUAGGUGUACAUAUACCAUGAUUUUUAAUAUUUUGUAUAUAUAUUCUCAAGAUCACUUACAUAUUAUCUGUAUUCGUUUGUAAAUAAGUUUAUUUAUUUCAUUGCUAGAAUUUUAUUGAUUUGUCGAACACAUUUUUUCUUUUAUUUCUAUUGUAUUCCGGAUGUUUUAUUUGGAACUCAUCCAGUAAUUCGAAUAGUGGUUGUAUUAUUGGUUCAUCGCAAAUUCUUUGUGCGGACCGUUUUUAACUAAUGGUGCUUUUUUAAAUUAUUCUGUCUCAAAAUCAUAAAAUUUAGAACAUAAUUAUUAUUUUAAAUUUGUAAAAGUCAAGGUUUAAGAUUGUACAUUUUUUAUGCCGUGGCUGAAAAUUUCUUAUAAACAGUAACUCUUAUGAGCAAGAAAAUGAAUUGAACAAAGUCCUGUAUUGAGGCUUUAAAAAUAGAAAAAUUAAGUCUUUGACUUACCUACUCAGUCAAUAUAUUUAAAGAGGUAUUGUUUGUUAAAAAAUUUGAAAUUCAAUGAAAGGCAUUUUAUGAAAUAAUUAUUAUGGUCAUUGGUUAAAUUUUGUUUAAAGAUGGUAUUGAAAUAAUACAGCCCAAAAAUUGAAUUCGCCAGCUUUUUAACAGGUAUUUGUCUUCUAAGAGUUGCUUUGAAAAAAUGCCUAUUGUACCUUAAUAUAAUUAGCCAUUAUAUCGCCCCAAUCCUUCCAGUUUCUGUUUGCUUUUGCUCCAAUUCUGAGCAUCUAUCUUUCUUGCAUCUUCUGUCACGCCGCCUUUUUGACGAAGUGUUUGUCUUCCACCCACUUUGGUACCAAAGAUCAGAUAACAUUCAUGUCUUAAAAAUAUCGCCAGGAGUGCGUCUCUUUAAAUUGGAGUCUAACGUUGUUGUUAAGUUGAUGCAUAUAUAAUUAUUAUAUUUCUUGAUGAAUACUGCUUUUGAUACAUUAGGAAAGCUCCCAAAAUGAUUGAAAGGAACAUCCUAAUUGAAAAGAUAUACUGGGCAGCGAAAAAGUCUAACACCAAGGCAUGUUAUUUGAAACAAAUGAAUAAUUAUGAAAUUGUAGUGUGUUUUUUUCUGAUUCUAUUCAUACAGGGUAGCGAACAAGUCUAACAACACGGUAUUUUAGGGUGAUGAAUGGGAUUGUAUUACAUUAGUAAUGUGGAACUUUUUUUAGUAUUCUUGAAAAAGAGCUAUUUUCUGAUAUUGACUGCCAUUUAAAGAAUCAAGAUGGCGGCGGUACGCUAAACGCUGAAGACACAUAAAUUUGACAUGUCCUUUAAAAAAUGCAGACUACAGUCCUAUUCAUCAUCCAGCAAUUUCAUAAUUAUAAAUUCAUUUGUUUCAAAGAAAAUACUUUGUUGUCAGACUUUUUAGCUACCCUAUAUACUGCCCUAAGAUAAAAUACGGUAUCCCAAAAAAGGACCAUGUUUUUUAACGCAUCAGAUAGCUUGAAAAAAUCCGCAUCAGAUGAACCAUAUCCCACUCGAAACGUAAAAAUUAAGAAACAUUUACAUAUCUCAUCCCCUUUUGAGAUUAGAUUAUCCUUUAGUUUAGUAAAUAGCAGAAUAUUCUUCAUAGGGUACCCAGCCAUUAGAAGAUAUUUCUGCCUAAAACCAUGUAAUGUAUGCAUUUAUUUUGGAAUAUUUUUUAUGCUCCCUUCUUAUCCAAGGGAUACCAUGAAUCAAUGUGUUUGUAGUUGUGGUUCUCCUUAAUUAUGUAUUUGUCUCCCAGAAAAAGCAUAAAAAACAGGGUUGUCAUUGUCAACCUCUGUUGUGAUUACUAAAAUGAUUAGUGGUAUGCUAUAUGCUAUUAUUACUAAACUAAAUGGCUACAUAUUAUUGUACCCUACAAUAACUUCAACAUUCAAAGACAUGGGAACGGGAAAACAUCUUUUAAUAAAUGUGUUUUUUCUCGAAACUCGUUUUAACUGAUAUUUGGCUUAGGAGGGCAGAAUACAACAAAAAAAAAUUAAAUAAACACUCCACAAGAAAGUUGAAAUUGUGACUUAUUCAUUUUGGGCCGAUAUUCAACAUUUAGAACAAUGCCGCUCUCGUCAUACAUCUCUAAAAUGAUUGAAACGAUACUAGUAUGCAGGAUUGAAAUAUAACGAGAGGUUUUACUGUAUCUACCUGCUUACCAGAUGAUUGUGGGGUCGUAUUUGCAACUAUUGGACACUGGACGUAUGGAAGUUUUAUAAAUCACAUUCCAUAUUUUUUACAACCAAAUUUUUCCAUUUUAAUAAUAAAAAUAAGUAGCACUAAACAAUCAAAAUCAGAGUUUAAAUUAAUAAAUUGGAGAGUAAUGCUACUGCUCGCUCUAACAUCCUCUUUUGUUAUUUUUACUCUUUGUUGGUACCAAUGGAUGUUGCCUCAGAUGAUCUUGUUGAUGUAGCUCACAAUUUGGCCUGCCUAUCUGAAGUUUCCUCUUUUCAUAACCAUUAUUAAAUAUGUUUCCAGUCAACAUGUAUAAUUUGUACUUCUGCUCUCCAAAAUCUUCCUUUCAUUGGUUUCUGAAGCCUCUUGUCGACUUGAACAUUUUUUCUUGUAUAAUUAUAAUAUUGUCAGUAAUAGUGAUAUACAGGUACGCAAAUUUAAACGAGUACUGUAUAUUUUACAAUGAAUUGGACAAGGUAUAAUAGGAACAUGCCUGUAACAAAGAAGACUGCUGAUCAGUGAAGACCACCCACUACAUACUUCAGCAAAGGUGGGGAAUCGUAUUAUAAUCUGCUCGCUAUAAAUUAAGUUUGAUUUUAAAUUGUUACAGUUGCAUUUCUAGCUGUUCUAAAACGAAAUUAUUUCGUUGAAUUUCAAAAAUUGUUUGUUACCAUAAGUGUAACUGUUAAUUUCUUUUAUGAAAAUAAAUACCGUCAUGGUCUUCAAAAAUGAAAUCUUGCAAAAAAUAAUUCUAAAGACCAUAAAUAAAAAUGAACAAAUCUAAUGAAUUAAUAGUUCAGAUAAACCGCCUUGCUAUGCCAAACAAUAGCCAAAUCUAUUAUAAAGCGUACUUGGAAGUGUGGCGGAAGUCGUACGUAUCGUGCCCCAAGCGUUCUUCGCUGAUCAGCGGUUUUUGUUGCAUGCAUGUUCCUAUUAUACCUGGUCCAAUUCGUUGUAAAAUAGACGAUCUGCGUUUAAAUUUUCGUACCCACGUCGCACGGUCAUAUAUCUUUGACUGCGUUAUUUAAGUCUAUGAAGGCUUCUAGUUUCUGGAGUUUGUGUUGAUUUUAUGAAAUAAUUUCUUUGAAAUAUGUUUCUGCAAAUCCAAUGUAAGCAUUCAUACUUCAUCCAGUAUUAAGGUAUUGAACAAUACAGCAAUACUAUUGUAGCUCAACCUGAUUUUAAGAUCCCUUUAGAUCUCAGAUCUCGAACAUUCAGUUUUUCUUGAGUAGGCAUUAUACAGGGUGUGUUUUAUAUCGUUAUUUAACGUUGUUCUAUUGGAAACUGUAAAGAUGAUUAAUUUAAUACGCUAUUAAUAAUAUAACUUUAAAAUCUUUUAUAUUUUUCCAAAUCUACAGGGAAAACCAAAUAUUGGUAACAUAUUUUUCUAUAUGAGGAUAUUUAUUUUCAUUUUGAAUUGGACUAUAUUUUAUCUGCAAUAUUAACUUAAUUUCAGAACUUUGUAUCAAUUUACUUUUAAACAUGGACCCAUGUUUUUUAUUUUUGUUUUUUAUUUAAUUUUGAAACAAUUUUAAGCAUUUAUUAAUGAUUUUGGUUUAUUUACUUAGUUACCAAGUAGUAAUAAGAAAAUUUUUAAUAGGUCAUUAAUAAGUUUGACAAUGUAUACAUCAACUCAAAAAUAAUAUUCCUAGUGUCAAGAUAAGAUUUCAUUACAACUGUUACCGCUUGUGAGAAAAAGAGGGAAAGAGAGUGAGAUCUCGUUGAAAUAGUAAAACUUGGAAUUGCAUUUUUGAGUUUUACUAAGGUUAAAGCGUACCCAUAUUUAGAAAAUUACCCAAAAAAAAUCGCAUGCAUUUCUAUAUAGUCUAGGAAAUAGGGCUUACGAUAAAAAAGUCAUGUUAACCAUCUCGUGGUAUUUGAGCUCUAUAGUAAAUUUGAAGAUUUUUUUUCUAUACUAUAUGAGGGGGUAAAUCGAAAAAAUAAAAAAAAUAAAAAUUAAAAAAAUUCGUGUUAACCACCUGGAGUUAAUGGUAAUCAUUAGCAUAUGUAUCUAAAUAAUGGACAAACAAUCGUCGUCAAAUUCCAUUGGCGGUUCGCGAAGAGGUAUUUAAAAAAAAAAUCAUUCGAUGUAACCGGUGCAAACUUUGUUUAUAUUGUUUCUUUGGUCAUGUAUAUCAUGAAAAAAACACGGUCAGAAAUGGUAGUUUGGCAAUUUUUUAAUGAUUUGAUUCCAAAAUAUCGGAAGUGGUAAAAAAUUUCAAAAAUUACUAAAAAUAGGUUAAAAUUAUAAAAAUUUUCUGACUGCCUAUUUUGGGGUCUAUUUAGUCCUAAAUAAUGAUAAAAUGUCAGUCCAAUUCAGUUUAUUUAACCCCCCGCGACGCCCCUCCCAAUAGGUUAAAAAUUAAAACAUUUUUGCCUGUUAAAGAUUCAAAAACGUUACAGAAUAUAUUAUAUUUUAUAUCUGAUAUUUAGGUUUACCGACAACCCUCCCUAGUGUUCGAAAAUGGGGUUAAAAAGAAGUGUAAUUUUAAAUUAUAGCAGAUGUAAAAGUUGGAAAGGCUUUUGCCAGUUCUCCCACUUUAUACACAUAAAUUGACAGGUUUGCGGCGGAUCUCACCGAAGUGGACGCGAUACAUUGGCGUACAAAAUUAUUUUAUAGAUGUUAAUAACAAUUUCGAGUAAAUAGUUUAAUAAAUUGUGAAUAGCUGUUGAAAUUUUGUAAAAUUAUGAUUUGAAUAUUAUAAUCCAUGUUUAAUAAUUAUUUAUAGUCCAUAAAUACAUGCGAUUGUCCAGUUCCGCCAAUAAAAAUUAAAAUUACUUAUUCUAUGAGACGACACUGGCAGGUAAACAUUACUGCGAAAUUCUCGAAGCCGUCCGAUGUGGUUUGACGUUUACCCCCUCUACCUAGCAAAAGCCUUUCCAACUUUUACUUUCGCUAUAAUAUGGAACCGCCAAAAUGUAUUAUUUUUAUGGUAAAUCCAUUAACAUUUACAAACCUUUACUUUUAUCAGUGUAAAUUAACUCUGUGCAAGGGUUAAAAAUUGUAUAAAAUACCGUUUUCACCCCUAAAAUCGUAUCGUAUCAAUGUUUUUUAUUUUGAACGUUUUUUUAAACUUAUACAUUAUGGUCAUUAUCUAUAUCAUCCAAUAAAUGUUUGUAGUCAAUGUUGGGUUCUUCAUCAUACAUUACAUAUUGGGAUCACUAAGAGGUGUUCAUUUUCCAUUAAUGCUGUCUCAAAACUGUCUAUUUCUGAAAGAAAGAAAAACAUACAUAAAAAAAUAUUAUUUUUACUUACCUAUAUGUUUUUCAUUGAGGUAUGUGUUAGGAUUGAUAGGAAGAAAUGCCUAAGUUUAUAUAAUGUUUUUUUUAAUAACUCAGUAUGUACGAAUGAAAAAAUUGUUGUUUUGUACAGUUUUUUUUUUGGACAAUUAACAUUUAUUAUAAAAAUAGUUUCUUUUAAUACCUAAAUUGGCGUCGAUUGAAUAAGGAAAUUGCGGUCCAUCAAACCAUUUAAAAUUUAAAUUUAUGCUUUAGCCUAGAAUGAGCUCAUUAGAUUUUGGACAUAAUCCAAGGAUCGGCGGGGGUAGGUACUUUAUAAGGGGUAAUUUUUCUAUUUUAAGGGAUAUUUCUGUUAUUUAUAGUUAGAGAAGAAAAUUCCUGAAAUUAAAGUUGUUUGGGAUGUCAUGUUCUAUAAUUUUGUUCAUACACAUAUUUUCUCUAAAAUGUACCUUUAGGGAAAUUUGAGAAAGAAUGCAAAAUUCGAGUUUUUUUGUAUUUGAUAGAAUUAUUUAAAUUAUUAAGUCGCUCGGUGCGCCGACUCUACUGAAGGACUUUAAAGGAAAAUCACGUAACUAUUGGACACAUCAGAUUUUUUUAAUAGACGAAUCACAGGCUAACCAUUAUGUAUACAUUAUUAUUACUAAUAAUGGAAAAGUCAAAACUUUCAAGCAUGUUUUAUUAAAACUAGUAAGAAUAUAAAUAAGAAAAUGAUGUAUUUGAAAAUUUGAAGUCGUUUUUCUGUGUUUUAUAUAGUUCUAAAAAUAUGCGUGUUUUGUCAACAACAACCCUUAUUAGGCGAUUCUAGGAGUGAAAAAAGAAUUUUAUACAUUUUUUACCCCUUGUACACAGACGGAUUGAAUUUACACUGAUAAAAGUAAAGGUUUGUAAAUGUUAAUGUAUUUAACACAAAAAUAUUAAAUUUUGGCGGUUCCAUAUGAAUUUAAAAUUACACUGCUUUUUAACCCCAUUUUCGAACUCUAGGGAGGGUUGUAGGUAAACAAAAAUAUCAGAUAUAAAAUAUAAUAUAUUCUGUAACGUUUUUGAAUCUUUAACAGGCAAAAAUGUUUUAAUUUUUAACCUAUUGGGAGGGGCGUCGCGGGGGGUUAAAUAAACUGAAUUUGUCUGACGGCAACAUUUUUAUCAUUAUUUGGGACUAAAUAGACCCCAAAAUAGGCGGUCAGAAAUAUUUAAUAGUUUUAACCUAUUUUUGAAUUUUUUUUACCACACUUUCGUAAUUUUGGGAUAAAAUUAUUAAAAAAUGGCCAACCUACCAUUUCUGACCGUAUUUUUUCCAUGAUAUACAUGGCCAAAGAAACAAUAUAAACAAAGUUUGGACCGGUUACAUUGAAUGUUUUUUUUUAUUUUUUAAAAAAUUCCCUGUUUGCGAACCGCCAAUGGAAUUUGUCUGACAACGUUGGUUUGUCUAUUAUUUAGAUACAUAUACUAAUGAUUACCAUUAACUCCAGUCGGUUAACAGGAUUUUUUUUUUUUUCGAUUUUUCCUCUUCCCUAGCUUCGAAACGGCCGGCCCGCCACGCAUAAUGUAUAGAAGAAAACAAUCUUCAAAUUUACUAUAGAGCUCAAAUACCACGCUAUUUCCUAGACUAAUACAUUUUUACGAUUUCGGCGAAAUCACCAAAGGUUUUGUAUAAUUUCGGUGAUUUUUACGAAAUAUCUUUUAAUUUUAUACGAUUUUUCCAGAGGCGUAAACCAUUAAGGUCAUAAUGUACCAGUAUUUCACCAAAAAAUCGUUUGAUUUUGCCAGAAUCGCCCCUGAUUCUAUAUGAUUUUAUGUGAUUUCAGUUAUUUCGGCGAAUUCAUUACUUGUAUAUGAAUUCCAAUAAAUUUUCUUAUUAAAUAUUCAAAUUACUUUUUUAGGGUUAUGUUCCCUAAGUGUAACCAACGGGACCCUAUCUAAGUCUAGAAACGCGUUUUUUGCCUACGUAAUAGUAUUAAAUCUUGUACGAUGGUUGGGAACCCUUCAUGCGCGAGUCCGACUCGCACUUGGCCCCUUAUAUUUAAGGCCGUUGUUUGUUGAUCCUACAUUUAUAUUUCGGGGAAUAAAUUGAUUUUGAAGUGACUUCAGUGAUGUUUUCGACCAUGAUUGUCAGUGAUGAUUUCAGAAUUUCCGUGAUGAUUUCGCAAAUUUUUAGAGAAGUUGUAACGAUUGUAUUUCGGGAGCGGUUCGCCUGAAAUGAUCAUUAUUAUUGCAACAUCUUUAAGAAAAUAUCAAUUUUCUUAAAGACUUGUUUUUGAUCGACUAUUUUUUUGCUCUUCACUUGUUUUUGAUCCAUCACCUGCUGCGUUUAUAUUUUGGCGUUAAAAAUUGAUUUUGAAGUAAUUUUGUCCAUGGUUUCGGUGAUGAUUUCUUGGUGAUUUAGAGAAAAUUGUAAAAAUUCGGAGAUUUCGUGUGAAAACACACCAGUAUUUCGGAAGUGGUUCACCCCUCGAGUUCUACCUUACCUGAAAACUAUAAAUAUUAAAACAAAAACAGCUCCGUUUUUAAAAGAAAUAAUUUACGAUUUUUUAUGAUUUAAUUGCUUUUUGAUUAUUUCAAUAUAUUUUACGGUUUCUAAUGUAGCAAUGUUAAAUAAGGAUAAAAAAAUAUCCUGUGUGUAAAAAAACAAAACUGAUAAUGUGACAAUGUUUCCGUCCGGUUUUAAUCGGUUUAAUUUUUGCAGAAAACUAUGUGGCCAUCUAUCUAUAAAAACUUAAUUGUUUAAAUUAUACUGCCAAUUUUUUUACGUCGUCUAUAUAUUUUUUAAUAAAAAAUGAGAGUAUAUUGAACAAAUAAUACAACUAACAAAUUAGUUGACACAUUUCUAUUUUUCUUAUAUUUGUGAUAACUCUAUUUAAGUUUUAUUUAUAAAAGAUACUUCCAAAUUAGUUUUUUAUAAAGCUUUUAUCUAUAUUCUGUGUGUUUUUUAUGUUUAUUCUUUUGUACCAUAUUUUUUUAAAUAUUUUGUUUGUAUAACGAAAUCAUACAGAGAUGAUGUUUUUUUUUUUAUUUAACGAGUGCUAGACCUAAUGUUAACGUUAUAUAUAUAUUGACUGAUACAAAUAGAUAUGUGUCAACCUAAAGCAGAAUACUGGAAGUGAUGUGAACCUAGAGCAUUUUGACCCAUGAGAUGUGUGUAAAUAAAAUGCAGAGACGUCAAUCGAAUAUUUUUGAUCAUUGAUCAUUUUUUAUGUACAUUUGUCCUACCAAGUGGGUUUCAGUAAUCGUCAUUUAAUAAUAAGAAAUUAAUGUAUAAAGGCAUUCUAAUUAAUAACUGUAAUUAUAAUUAAAAGAAAGCAGCAGGUUACAGGACCUUUAGUCAUUAAAAUUUGAAAUUAAUAAAUGUACCUACUCAUUUA